AUGUCCAACAACAUGGCCAAGAUCGCCGAGGCUCGCAAGACGGUGGAACAGUUGAAGCUGGAGGUGAACAUCGACCGCAUGAAGGUGUCACAGGCGGCGGCAGAACUGCUGGCCUUCUGCGAUACGCGCGCCAAAGACGACCCACUAGUGACGCCGGUACCCGCCGCUGAGAAUCCCUUCCGCGACAAGCGCCUCUUUUGCGUCCUGCUCUGA